UUCCAUAAAUACAUAAACCAAACAAAAUUCAAACCAAAACAUAUAACCCCAUAUAUAUACAAACACCUCUGCAAACCUUCCAACCACCAUUGCACCCCACUACCCACCCACCACAUAUCUGCAAAUCUCUCUUAACAAUAAGCUGAGCAGAUACAAAAAGAACCCAAAAAAAUUAUAAAAAAUGGGCUAUCAAACUCAGAUCUCUACACCCAAUAGAUAAUCUCUGCCUUCACCUAACUUGCACAUCAUUUGGCUUUGCCUCAAAACCAGAAGAGAAGAGAAGAGAAGAGAAGAGAAGAGAGACAGAGAAACAGAGACCUUACAAGUUGCUUUCAGGGCUACCUAUGGGUUUUUGGUUUUAUGGGCUUCAAUGUUCUUGCUUCUUUGCAAAUUGAGGGUUUUGUUGAAGACUGUUUCAAUUCAGUUUUUUGGUGAAAGUUGACUAUUAUAUAUAGUCAAAAAUCUGAAAAGAGACCAAAAAAUUAUUUUCCUUUGUGGAGAAUAUGUUGUGUUAUUGCUCAGGAGAGCAGAAGUUGGAAGAACCCGCGCCGGAAUCACCGGAAUCGCUGGCGACACGGGAUUUCUCAGCAAGUGGGCUUUCGUCGAGGACCGGGGACUGGGACUCAAAACUUGAAGAUGCCCAAGUGGAUGAAGCUGAGUCCACUUUGAAGGAGGCUCUCUCAUUGAAUUAUGAAGAAGCUAGGGCAUUGCUGGGGAGACUUGAAUACCAAAGAGGGAAUUUUGAUGCUGCCUUUCAAGUGUACCGGGGGAUCGACAUUAGAACUUUGUCGCCGAGGAUGACUAAGGCUAUCAUGGAGAGAACCCAGCAACAAAAACCUCGUUCCAAAGGCAAAAAUGUGUUGUUAGGUGUAAUGACACUGCAUUCUGUGAGCCUUCUUCUUGAAGCAAUUUUUCUCAAAGCAAAAUCAUUGGAGCAGCUUGGGCGAUUUAAAGAGGCUGCCGAGGAGUGCAAAACAAUUUUGGAAAUAGUUGAAUCGGCAUUGCCUAAUGGAAUGCCACAGGACAUUGGUGAAGACGUUAAGCUGCAAGAGAUGUUCCACAAAGCACUAGGGUUGCUCCCCAAGUUGUGGAUACAAGCAGGUUUUCUCGAUGAAGCGAUAACUGCAUAUCGACAGGCUUUAGUCAGGCCUUGGAAUUUGGACCCACUAAGGUUGGCCGGUGUACAAAAAGACUUAGCGGCCACAUUGCUCUAUGGAGGUGUUGAAACAAGCCUUCCACAUCAGUUCCAACUAUUGGCUUCAACCACCCCUAAAACUAACACAGAGGAAGCAAUUCUUUUGCUGUUUAUCCUUAUGAAGAAGGUGUUAUAUGGUGAAAUAGAGUGGGAUUGUGAAAUUAUCGAUCAUCUGACUUUUGCACUCUCCAUGUGUGGGCAAUUCGAACCUCUAGCAGCGCAUGUGGAACAGGCCAUUCCGGGUACAUACACUCGAGCUGAGAGGUGGUACUUUCUUGCUCUUUGUUAUAGUGCUGUGGGUCAAAAUGAGGUGGCAUUGAACCUUCUAAAGAAGGUUUCAGGGUAUUCAGAAGCAAGGCACGAACCCCACUUGCCUUCAUUUUUGUUGGGGGCAAAAUUGUGUUCACAACAUCCAAAACAUGCUCGCAAGGGAAUAAACUUCGCUCGUAGAGUGAUUGAUUUAUCAAGUCAUCGAAAUGGGCAUUUCUCGGAUCAGGCUCACAAAUUCCUCGGCAUUUGUUAUGGGAAUUUAGCAAGAAUUACCGUUUCAGAUUCUGAAAGACUUGGCUUUCAUAGAGAAGCAUUAAAUUCGCUAAACCGUGCUGCUCUAAUUGGUGAGGAGGACCCAGAGAUAAUGUUUAGCCUUGGGUUAGAAAACGCCACGCAAAGGAAUCUGAGUGCAGCGUUCGAUAAUGUAAUGAUGUACUCCGAUAUGGUAUCUGGAAGCUCGAGAAGAAGUUGGAAGCUAUUAGCUCUAAUAUUAUCUGCUGAGCAAAAAAUCACUGAUGCUGAAACUGUAGUUGAUCUUGCUUUGGAUGAGACUGGAAGGAUUGACCAGUUUGAACUUCUUAGAUUAAAAGCUGUUCUUCAGAUUGCUCAAGAACAGCCCAAGCAAGCAAUAGAAAGCUACGGAGUUUUGCUAGCUCUUAUUCAAGCACAAAAAGAACAAAGUAAGGACUUCGAUUCUGAGCUAUUGAAGGAAAGAAUAUUCGAAAUGGAAACUUGGCAAGAUUUGGCUAAGGUCUAUACAGAGCUCGAGUCAUGGCCCAAUGCAGAAAUUUGUCUAGGCAAAGCCAAGUCGCUUGAAUUUUACUCCCCUGAAAAUUGGCAUACAACAGGUACUUUGUUCAAAGCUCAAUCGUUAUACAAAGAAGCCCUUGUUGCCUUCACAAUUGCAUUGUCAAUAGAACCCGAUUAUGUCCCAACUAUUGUUUCAACUGCAGUUGUACUGAUGAAAAUGAGCAGUCGAUCUCUCCCCAUCGCAAGAAGCUUCUUAAUGAAUGCUCUGCGAUUAGAACCCACGAACCACGAUGCAUGGUGGAACCUUGGAUUGGUUUAUAAGAUGGAAGGCUCAAUGCAGCAAGCAGCGGAUUUUUUCCAAGCUGCGCAUGAGUUAAAGAUGUCAGCUCCUGUUCAAAGCUUUGUAUGACUGGUAAGGCAAGUUUGAAGAUCAGCGAGCUUUUUGUGAUGUUUCAAGAAUCUAAUGCCCAAAAGAUUCACCAGAUUGGUUCACCAGAGAAAAGUUUAUAGUAAUCAAAGAUUUUGUAUAUUGAUUUAUCAAGGUGAGGGACAUUGGAUUGAAUGGAAGAAAGAAGUGUACUUACCAGGUCUUGUAACAUCAACCAACCCACACUGCAAGAAAUGUAUUUAUUGAUAGAAUUUGUUUGGGUUAUUUUCUUCUGAAUCAAAUUACAUCUAAAAGAGUGGUUAAGCUGUAAGAAUUAGAACUCGUCCAUGAGGAAUUAGAGUGGUUGGCACUAUCAUUGUUCAAGGUAAUCAAAGGAAAAAGCUUCCAUUCUCAGCCGUAAUGUACUCCUUGGGCUCAGCAUGACACAAGUCCCUUGAAGAAAAUUCGGUUGCACAUUCAUAACCGAAAAAUUAAAUCAGAAA